CAGAAAAUCAUAAAUAAAAACCAACCAACCAACCAUUUAUAUCACUUCAAUAAUAGAAACUGAACCAAACAAAACAAACACAAAAAACCCACUUACACUUUCUCAAUUUCCCAAUCUCCGACCACCAUAAAUGGCGGCGAAACCCAACGGUUGUUGUUCAUGUUGUUCAGGUUUUAUAUUAACCAUGGGAUUAACAUCCUUAUUCAUAUGGUUAAGCAUAAAAGUAGACGAACCACAUCUCUUCAUAGAUCGAAUUUACAUUCCUACCCUCAACAAAACCCUUAAUUCCAAAUCAAACACUUCUUUAAUCUUCACCUUAAAACUCGUUAAUCCAAACAAAGACAAAGGACUUCAAUACGACGCCGUUCAUCUUAAUUUCAGCGUUUUCACCAAUCAAAACACGACACGUGGAAUUGGUAAUGGUACAGUUGAGAGAUUUUAUCAAGGUCAUGACAAAAAAGCGAAGAAGAUUGUAACGGUAAACGGUGUUGGGAAUUUAACGGAGAGAGUUAACGGGAAGGUUUAUUUGAGAGUGGAUUAUGUAACGGCGGUUAAGUAUAAGAUUUUGGUUUGGUAUAGUAAAAGGGAUCAUUUGUGGGGAGGGGCAAAUGUGGAAAUUGAUGAUAAUUUGGGUUUGAAAGUUGGGAAGAAAGGUGUUAGGCUUGGUGGAAAUGAACCGGUGAAGAUUGUUUCCGGUGGUGUUAAACUGUGUGGAGGCUAUCGUGCGCUUGUUGUGUUUUUUGUUGUGUUUGUUGCUCUUGGGUUUACUUGACUUUGACUCAGUUUAUUUAUCAAGUAGUUUAGCGGUUAGAUUCAGUGUGAAAAAUUUAAAGUUCAAAUUUCGGUCUCUUUAAUAAUUUUUGGAGCUAUCAAUUGAGCUAUUUUUGCGGGACUGAUGGAUUUUAUUUUUGUGUUUAUUAUUUAAUUUGAUUUGAUGUGGGUGUUGUGUUUUCCUUUGUUUUUUGUUUGAAGUAUUCAUGUUGUUGUAUAUAUAUAUGUUGUAUUAACAUCUAAAUAUGAUUUAUGAUUAGUGUA